CAUUCUAACUGGCGUGAGAUGGUAUCUUCAGAUUCUAUGACUGUAAACUUGGAAAUCCUGAAGAACCAACUACUGUUAGAUGAAUUCCGGUCCCCUGCUGCGGGGUCCUCGCUCACGGCCGGGUGGCAGCCAUUGUAGUGGAAGAAAGUCGAGUCUGCAGCAGACGAGAGGCGCCAUAAUGCUCCAGUAUUAUGAGGACAAGCUGGAGGGCAGCGCGUAUGCAUACCCGAAGGAGGACCUGGGCAUGUGUCUGCUGCUGUCGGACUGUGGGGUCCAGGAAGGAAAAUCUCCUCGGCAGUGUUUGAAGGAAGGAUACUGCAAAGCUUUGAAAUACUCAUUUUUUGAGUGUAAAAGAUCAAUGUUGGAUACCAGGGUAAGAUUCAGAGGAAGACAGGAUAUUUAUACAUUAUGUUGAAGCCAAGAUGAAAAACAACAAAGAAUUUUCUCUGGUCAUUAAAACAAAGAAGCCAAAACAAGAAACAUGCUUUUUACUACAUCUGUUUGGUUGGACUAGUUUUUGCCUCCAUGGCACACUGAAGAAAAUGGAUGAGUUCUGUUUUUGAAUAUGUAUAAAGUAAAUGAUUCUAUUGAUCCAAGUUAUUUUUAGAAGAAAAACCUAAUUGAAUAGUUAUGGGUUGGGAGCAUAAUAAAUGUGUUUUGAGAAUUGUUCUAAAGCA